AUGGCUGCCGAGGAGCUUUCGGAGGCCGGCAUGGCCGAUAUUGUUCGAGCCCUUGAAGUGAUCCAUAGUCCGACGUCUACGAACGAGCUCCGCAAACAAGCCUUGACAUUUGUUGAGUCUCUCAAAGAAACCGACGCGGCAGCCCGCAAUGGGUUCCUCCUCGCCUCACGCGCCGACCAUGCUCCAGUGGUUCGAUAUUUCGGUCUCACACUAUUGGACCAUGUUUUGCGCCAUCUCUCAUUCACCGACGCCGAGGCCGAAGAAUCCGCGAACCUUCGAUCGAUGAUCCUCCAGCUCGCCGAGAACAUUCGCCCCGAGGACCCCAACUAUCUCCGCAACAAGAUCCCGCAACUAUGGUCGGAGGCCGCGAAGAAGAGCUGGGGCUUGGACUGGACGGAUAUGGAUGCUGCGCUCGUGAAAUUCUGGGGAUCGUCGCUGGUACAUAAUGAGCUAGUCCUCGCGGUGCUUGAGACCCUGUCGGAGGAUGUCUUCUUCCGUGAAGAUACCGUAUCUUCGUUGCGCGGAUCGGAGCUCAACAGGGCUCUCGUGGAGAUCUUCACACCCGCCGCCAUUGUCGAGCAGAUAAACCCCGACAAGAACACCAAUGCUUCGCUGCGGUGUGGUGAUGAGGGCUGGCUCGUUCGGAUCUGCCAAUUCUUGGAUAAUUGUAUUCAGAAUGUGUCGAGUUCGCCCCAGGCCAGAGAUGCGGCUGUCAAGGCCCUUACUGCUUUGCGAUCAGCGCUCUCUUGGUCCAUCUACAAAGCUGUUGCGGCCUCCGAGGCGGUUUCCAGCAUCUUCAGAGCAUUGACUUGUCAAGACGAACAGGUUCUUUUGGCCGCUAUUGAAGCAUUGCACGCGCUCUACGGAAGAAGCAAUAUGGGCAGCGAGGAUUCGCGUGAUCUUCUUUUCCUGAUCUUCGACGCCGAAUACCUCAACACUCUCCAAAAUCUAUAUCAAUGGUCGAUUGUAGGGCCAGAUGAUGUUGAUGAGCCGAAGUACUUGGUAUCCAAGAAGCUCUCGGAGAUGGUCUCCUACGUGGCUGGCUGCUUGGAGGACGAAAGGUUUUUCCUGGAUAUGAUGUACCGGCUGGAUCUUCCACCGUUCUUCAACUUCAUGAUCAAUAUCAUGCAGCACCAGAGUUUGACAGUAUCUAUUCCUGUCCUGCAUCUCUGGUCUCGACUACUUCCAAUUCGAAAUAUCGGUACCGAUGAUUUCGUGGUGAGCCAGACUCCCAGUUUCCUGAACAUCUGCACCCAAAGGUUGAUCCGCUGGGAAUCCCUCCCAACAGAUUCCGAAGAUCCCACUGUACAGUUCCUCAUUGAAGAUAUUGAUACCACGCCCGAGAGACACGCGUUUGUCGGGAACUAUAGACGCUAUUGCUCAUCAAUCAUCGAGUCCAUUACCAUCAAGCGUCCGCAGGAAGCAGUGCGUGAGAUCCUGAGCAGAGUGGACGAUAACCUAAGCAACUUGUACGAUGGAGUUGAGCCGUUCAGCAUGCAAACGUUCAGCAAGUCUGCGCUGUCACUCAUGCGCGCGGAUGCUCAAUUUGCUGUUGUGGAAGCCGUCAUCAAAGGUUUCAACAAGUGGCUCGAUUCUCAUGGCAAGACCCCUCAGCGGGAUGAGCACGAACGAAGCGAAUUGGAGCAUGCUGUGGAGAAUUGGGCUUCAACCUUGAUGCAACGGUCGUUUGAGGACCCUGUUUUGAAACAACGAGUGAUCAAGUUGGUAGUUGACAUCUCGUCUCGAGCGUUGGACAACCACCCGGCCUUUGCUCUCAAGGUCCUUGAACACAUCCUUAUGACACGCCUUCCAGAUCAGCCCUCAUGUCCCGUCUAUUCCGAGGCUGUGAAAGAACUUCAUGGGCUUGCUAGCCACGAACUCCGACGACUUGCGAUUCGCUAUGCCGAUUACUUUUCGACUUUCUACGAUUUGCUCGAGCCCAAGAUCACGGAGAUCACCCAGGCCAACCAGGUCGAUGACAAGCUCAAGAUGGAGCUGACCUCAAUUCUCGUAAUCAUCAUGCAACGAGCAAACAACAUUGACCCAAAUCUGCGCCAGGCUCGUUUGACAACCUUCCUCGGCCCUAUCAGAGAAGCCUGGCAGGACGAGGAAUUCCGGCGCAUGUGCUCGUCCUUUGAGGGAUUCUGUGCAAUGCUCGGACUCGAGAAUGUCGGGUCUUACAUGCAAGCCAAACAAGCACACCGGCUGGCAGAUUGGGCCGAUGUUGUCUUGGAUAACGAGGGAAAGACUGUCCAAGAGGAGAUGACCCGGAAAUUCCAAAUGCUACCUCUGCGUGGCACCAAAACCAUGCUAGCAGUGACCACUGACAAGUUGAAGAAAUCCGCUCCGGCGUAUCGGGUGGCGUGUGAUAUGUGGCAGGAUUUGAUGCCUCAAAUUCUUCCCACUCUGCUUCAUCUUCUCAGCCACGCUCAUGCAUUCCACAAUCCUGCCAACUGGGCUGUGAGUGAUGAUAUGCGGGCCGUGGUUGAGCGGAUUCUAACCGAUCGCUUCUGGCAAGCGGGAAUUUCCAGUGGCAGCCGGGAUGAUUUCUAUGCCAAGAUUACUGCGUCCAAGGCCACCCUUGAAGGAUUUGCGUCCUCGGUCCGAGGCAAGAUCAGAGCUGUUCGUGAAUCAGGCUACUCCAUGCUCUUCAGUAUGAGCAGAAUGCGACAUCAAUUCUACGGGUUCACUGAGCUUCCUGGUCCUCUUUCUGAGGCUCUUUUCAAAGAUGCAGAGCAUCUGUCUUCUCACCAGUACUCCGUUUUGCUCAAUAUCUCCCGCUGCCUAAUUGAUGACUGCCCGGUGCAGUACCGCAGCCAGUUUCUUCCCCCUAUGCUAUCCACUCUGUUCAAGAGCAUUGACACUAAGAUCACUACCGAGUGGGAACUUAUCGAACAAAGAAAGAACGGACUCUCAGAUGGUGAUCUCACCGAUGAGAUGAAAUCAGAGAGUGUCCUUCGGCAAUUGACCUACUCGGCGGUCAUUAUGGUCGCCAGUUUGUUCGACCCCCAGAGAGGAGGUGAGAAGACCCAUCGCUAUUCAUCAAACUCACUCGAGCAAAACGGUUUCCACAUUUAUCCCCUGGAAAGCCACCCCGACAGGACAGAGGCAGAUCCCAGUGCACCGCAACCGACCCCGGAACAGUCUGACUCGAUCCGACACUUUGUUCUCUCAUCGCCCGAAAUUUUCGAACCUGUCAUGCUCUUCUGUACCCACGCCCUUCGUAUGCGCGACACUCGAUGCUGUAGCAUCAUCACCCGGGUGGUUCGAUCGAUUCUCGCCGACUUCGCCCCGCCAAAUAACAGCCCGACCAUAGUGACUAUUCGGGAGUUCAUCUGCGCUGAUGUUCUACAGGCGUGCAUCACAUCUGUUCACGAAUCCUACUUCGUCGACAUGCAGAAAGACCUGGCACAGCUUAUUGCGGCUAUCUGGGUUCUGUAUGGGACUGCCAGUCAGAGACCACGUGCUACCUUCCUAUCAUUGCCUGGCAUUACCGAAGAUAAGGUCGCUCACACGGAGACUGCCCUCCAGCGCUGCGUGUCACCUCGUCAACAACGUGCUUUGAUCUUGGAGCUUCUUGAGCCGCUGCGUGGCGUCAGCGUCGCUGAGCAAGGAAAGAUCCUUGGCUCGCGCGAGGAGCGUCGCAAGGCCCGCUCCGCAAUUCAAUCCCGAUAUAUGACCAACGAGAUGGAGACUCAGCAGGAGAGCCAUCGUGUCGAUAUCAACGACGGGCCGGACCUUUCCGGUGUCGCUGAUAUGUUCGGGUAG